GAUGUGGGCUAUCGCCCACCACCUCCCUCUACUGUGUCUGUCUCCCCCGCCGCGUCGUCCCGGACGUAUCCAUCCACUGCGCCAGCGCCGCGAGAAGAGACCCGCCCGCCGCACCAGCGCCUCCGUCCGCGAGUUCCACCUGAAUCCCCACAGCUUCCCGCACCAACGAAUCCGGCCAGUCCGCGGCGCCCCCGGCCCACUCGCGGCGGAAAUUCGUGACAAAGCCGCGAUUUUUUUUCUUCUUCUUCUUCGCCCUUUUGCUUUCGCUCCCGCCGGCCCCCUUUUCCUUUUCUUGUUGACCCCGCCGGUCUGCCCCUUUUAUUGCUGCGCCGGAUCGUGUUUUCUCGUCGGAAGGCGCGGGCUUUCCGAGGGCGGCGAUCGCGGAUUCGCCCCCGGAGGCGUCGAUUUGGUUCGCAGGUGGAGGAGGGGUCAUGGAUCCGGGGAGAUUUCUUUAGCGCGGGUUCGUUCAGGGACGCUUGUCAGAACCCGUCAUGAUUAAGCAGAUCCUCGGCCGGCUUCCUAAAAAGCAGGCCAAGUCCGGCGAGAAGGAGCUGGCCGGCGCGGGCCCGUCGCUGCCCAGCCCGACGGCCGAUACGAGAACCACCACCGAUUUGACCACGUCUAGCAGGCUUGUCAGUCCCAGCAACUACGCCUCCACGGCCACGAAUCAAGGCCAGAGCUUCGUGGCGGCCAGGGCCGCCGGCGUCAGCAACGGGUUCCCGGCCUCGGCAGGGUAUGAGGCGCUGCCGAGCUUCAGGGACGUGCCGGCGCCGGAGAAACCUGGUCUGUUCCUCAGGAAGCUGGCCAUGUGCUGUGUGGUGUUCGACUUCGCGGACCCGACCAAGGACGCGAGGGAGAAGGAAGUCAAGAGGCAGACGCUGCUUGAGCUGGUGGACUACAUCACCUCGGCCACCGGCAAGUUCCCGGAGCACGUCGUGCCGGAGGUCAUCAGGAUGGUGUCUGCGAACCUGUUCAGGGUGCCGCCCCCUGCCCCGAGAGAGAACAAGGCACUCGAGUUGUUCGAUAUGGAGGAGGAAGAGCCCGUCAUGGACCCGGCGUGGCCGCACCUGCAGAUUGUGUAUGAGCUGUUCUUGAGGUUUAUUCAGUCUCCCGAGACAGACGCGAAGCUAGCCAAGAGAUACAUUGAUCACGGCUUCAUUGUCAGGCUUCUCGAUCUCUUUGACUCGGAGGAUCCUAGGGAGAGGGAGUACUUGAAGACGAUCCUUCACAGGAUAUACGGCAAGUUCAUGGUGCACCGUCCAUUCAUCAGGAAGGCGAUCAAUAAUAUCUUCUACAGGUUUAUAUUCGAGACAGAGAAGCAUAAUGGUAUCGCAGAGCUGUUAGAGAUUUUCGGGAGUAUAAUUAAUGGCUUUGCUUUGCCACUCAAGGAGGAGCACAAAUUGUUUUUAGUACGAUCACUGAUUCCACUCCACAAACCAAAAUGCGUUGCCAUGUACCAUCAGCAACUGUCUUACUGUGUCACCCAGUUUGUUGAGAAAGAUUGCAAGCUUGCUGAUAUUGUCAUUAGGGGUUUACUGAAGUAUUGGCCCGUCACUAAUAGCUCAAAGGAGGUGAUGUUUUUGGGUGAGCUAGAGGAGGUGCUGGAAGCUACACAGCCAGCAGAGUUCCAGAGGUGUAUGGUGCCACUUUUUCGUCAGAUUUCCCGAUGUUUAAGCAGUUCUCACUUUCAGGUGGCAGAAAGAGCGCUCUUCCUAUGGAACAGCAAUCACAUCGAGGGUUUGAUCAAACACAACAGCAAGGUUAUACUGCCCGUAGUCCUCCCAGCAUUAGAACGGAACACGAAAGGCCAUUGGAAUCAGGCAGUGCAGAGCCUGAGUCUAAAUGUCCGUAAAAUAUUCAUGGACUACGACCCAGCACUGUUCGAGGAGUGUCGCGAGAAGUUUGAGGAAGAGGAAGCUCAAGAAGCCGGCAUGAGGUCAAGAUGUGAGGCUAGAUGGAAGCGCCUAGAAGAAAUUGCCUCGUCAAAGGAGGUGAAGUAGCUCGUCUUGCCGACUGCCCAGGCUGUAGCUCGUCAGCAGAGUUCCUCUAGCUAUCUAGCCUUGCUGGCUGCAUACGAGCAGCUAGCUCUUUCUGGCAGGAUCAAGUAGAUGCUGAUGUAACUGCCCAUGGAUGGCUGCUUGCCUCGUGUUACUUGCUUUACCGAACAUUUUACAGGCUGACAUGUAAAUACGAGGUACAUGGUGGGCCGUGAAGCUUCAACGGGGACUCAGGUUCUGGCUGCCGUGUGAUCCACUGAUGACAGUAUCGGUUUUCAUCAUCAGAGGACAAAGGAAAGGAUGUAAAAUGGUCAUUCCUGCUUUACUGAGAUGCUCAUGCCACAUGUUAACGUCUAGUCUGCGGCUCAAUGUCUUGAUCCAAGCACUGCUAGAAGCACUUGAAAGACAGUCGAGCAGCACUUGUUCUUGCCUGCUGAUGGUGAUUUUGCUGAAAUGUAUAGCAUGCUUUGUGUAUGAUGAAUGGUAACUUGGAGCCAUGUCUUGUGAUGAUAUGUAAUCGUGUUGUACAUGUCUUUUCCUUCCUUUGAUGUAUACAGAAAUUUGGAAUGAAGUGCUCAUUGAUUG